UUCAUGAGAAAGGCUCAGUCGUGUGAAUUGGAUCUGGUAUAAAAAUUCCUGUCAGGAUCAUAGUUCUGCCUAUAUGAUGUUUACGUUUUUGCAAAAGCUUUAGGGGCAGUAUAGCCUAGAAGGUGUUGUAAGAAAAAAGAAAAAGUUUGUUCUAUUUUAAGAAAUUCAUGUACAAGUGACUAGCAUUGCUUUUUCUAGGUGCUAAACUGUUUGAAGGACCAGGAUGCUACCACUUCAUCAGCCUUUGAGGAGCUCAGUUCCUUCAAAAAACACUUCAUGUCCUGAAGAAAAAAACAAGAUCUCAGUGAAGCUCAGAUUAGGGAGGAGAAAGCUUUGGCAUUGUAGGAUGAAUAUGAUAAAAGGAGAGUUGUACAAGCAUAGAUAUCAAGAGGUGGUCCAGGGGCAGUCUCAUGUGGGUGGCAAUCCAGAAGGAUCUCAGCAAGUGUGCUCUAAAGUACAGCAAGGCCAAGGAGAUGGGCCCCAGGCAUUGGCCCAUGGUCAGCAGCCUCAGGGGCUAGGCACAGAGCAUAUCCAGCAGCAGAACCAGUCAGUCCGAGGAGGUAUGGCCCCAAACAUGGAACCACAGCAAGUGGAUAAGGGGCGGGAGGCCCUAGAAGUGACUGUACAGGUGAGGCCUCAGACCUUAAGCAAGGGAUGGGAGGCCCCGGAGAUGACAGUGCAGGUACGGCCUCAGAAGCUGACCCCAAGGUGGGAGAUGCCAGAUGUGACUGUGCAGUUGCAGUUAGAGCAGCAGGGCAGAGGAACAGUUCUCCCACAAGUAACUGUGCAGGUGCAGCCACAGGAGAAGGGACGAGGAAUGACUGACAUCAAGGUCACUGUGCAGAUGCACUUUGGCUGUGAGCCGAAAGAGGUGAGCUGUAUGCAAAACCAAGGUGAGGAAACAUUAGAGAAUGGAGAGCAGCAGACCAUAAAACAAAACCAGGCAGAGUCAAUAGCAAGAUCUGAAGGUAAGGAAGAACUGGCUGUGAUGGAGCUGGUUCCGUGGGAAGCUCAUAACCAAAAGCAGGUUCAAGAAGGAGAGGUGAUAAAAUUCCAGCAUGGGCAGAGCCAAGAAGAUAGGAGAGCAGAAGUAAUGGAGAUGCAACCUGGAAACAAAGCAGACCUCAAUGGGGGAGUGGCAGAAGACCAGCUGUAUGACCAAAAUGAAGAGCAGGAAGAGUUGAAAGCAGGCCUAUCACCACAGCAGGAAGGUCAAAGAGAUAUAGAGAUGAGGCAGGGACAAAGUGAUGUCCAAGAAGGGCCCAAAGGGGUGACUGAAGAUCAGCAGGAAGACCAGGAGCAAGAAGUGCUUAAGAAGCGCCCACGAGAGACUCCAAAUUAUUUUGUCUCUAUACCGAUAACAGAUGACCAGAUUUUGGAUAGAAUUGAAGAUGUCCAAGAGCUCAUAUUCACAAAGGAGCCUGACUUGUCGAGAGCUUUCCUUCCUGUUCAGACCAUGCACCUAACUGUAAUAGUUGCUCACCUGGGAACAGAAGAAGAAGUAAAAAAGGCUGUUCUGGCACUGAAGCAAAGCAAGACCAAAGUGGAUGCCAUUUUGCAGAGUAAAGAACUUAUUAUGAAAUUUCAUGGGAUUGGACAGUUUAACAAUCAAGUGAUAUAUGUGAAAAUGUCAGAGGAAAACCAGAAAAUGCUUUCCAGAAUUGCAGAAGCUGUGGAAAAAUCUUUUAAUGAAAUGAACCUUGACACUUCAGGGAGCAAGGAUUUCAAACCACACCUUACUUUUUUAAAGCUCUCCAAGGCACCAAGAUUGAAAAGAAAGGGCUUCAGAAAAAUUUGUUCAGAUCUGUACAAGGAAUACGAAGACAGUUAUUUUGGCACAGAGGUCUUGAGUCGAAUUGAUCUCUGUGCCAUGCGUAAGAAGAAACAGGAAUCUGGUUACUAUUACUGCGAGUGUUCAAUUCAUGUGGGCUCCAGAGGUGCAGAAGAGAGCAAAGAACAAGGAAUGCAGACAGAAGGUUUGAAAGCUACAACCAGUGAAGCCCCUCCAAGUGCUGCAGGAGCUGAAAGAGGAGCGACUGCUGCAAGCUGUAACCUUGCCUUGUGUUCAGUAGUAGCCAAUGAUAAACCAUCGGAAAACAUUGCUGAGGCUUUAAUUGCAAGUGAAGAGAAGGAAAUCAAUGAGGUGAAUGGACAGCCUGAAGGCACAGAUGAGACUUCUCUUGCAGCUGAUGAGGUCUGCUCAAAGUUGGUGCUUGGCCUGUCGCCGAUGAGAUCAGAUGCAUUGCUGAGUGUGGAAGGAGGACAAGAAGCAGCCAACAUUGUAGGUGGUAGCCUGCAGGAAACCAAAGCAAUGGAAUCUGCACCUGAUGUGCCAACAAGUUCAGUGUGAAGCUGUCGUAGCUGUUGGUGAUCUGGGCCCACCUUUGGUGAAGGAAGGCAAGUGGUGUGGUUGUGGGCUGGGGAAGGAGGAGAGGAUAGUGAAUUUUUGACAGGAAACAGACUUUCUUGGAGACUGAUAGAACCAGAAGUGGAAAAAACUCUAAGAGAAAACAUGGAAUACUGUGUUCAAACAGGGAAACGCCUGGGUGUAAAGAAGAACCCAAACUGCAGGUUUGUCUGAAUGUAUGUAGCAAAGAGACAAAUUUGAGGCAUAAAGGAUAAAGCAGAAGCUAUGCACUGAAGCCAAAGUGGAUGUCAGAAGUGUCCAUUUCAGCAACAGAGGUUUCUGCCUCAGUCACAUCUCUUCCCCUCACCCCCUCUGCCUUUACCUGCUCUGCUGGCAGCCCCUGGCUCUACCCUCUCCCUGGGAGAGCACAUAGCUGCUCUGGGUUAAGGUUCUGUGCUGUUCCUGUGACACAAUCAUUUAUGCUGAGAGUGGUAGGGCUUCGGCUGUUAAUGUGCUUGUGUGAAAUAUAUGCUUCGGUUCCAAUAGUAGCUACUUAAUGUGAAAAUUAUGUUGUCUGACUUACGGAAGUGGAUUAAUUUAUUUCACCACAAAAUACUGUAAUACCAAGUAUUUUUCCUUACAGAUGAGCUGUUAAGGAAGGAGAGGAAGGGCAAUCCAUAAUGAGCUAAUUUUGUAAAAUGCCUUGGAGCGGAUGAGGCAGCACAGCCUUUCUCUGCACCUACGUAGUGGCACAGUCCCAGGACAGGACAAAACAGCACUGCAUUCACUUCUGGCAGGACGAAGUUAAGGGCUUUGUGCCUCUGCUGGGGCCGAAGCCUCGUCGCUUUGCACGCUGCCCUCCGAAGCCGCGGCUAUCCGUGCCGGCGGCUCCCAGGCAUGGCAGGACGGGGCCGGCAGGUGGCAGUGCGGGAGAGCGGCGGCACCGGGAGCGGAGGGACGCGCUGCCCCGCUGCCUGCGUGGGGCUUGGGCAGCUCCGGAGGGGCGAUGGAGGUGGGAAAGGUGGCCAGGAGCCUGGGAAAUGCUGUGCAUCCCUGCUCUGCUCCACCCGAUUAUUUAGAAGUGGUGUUUGGUCUUGAAAAGCCUUAUUUCCUCAGAAAAGGUGUGUAUUUUAGGGGGAGAAGUGUAGUAGUGUUCUUCAGAAGUGUUAAGCAUAUGGUGUUUGGCUUCUAUACGUGGUGCACGGGAACACAGCUCUAGGCAGAGCAUCCAGUGUGUGCUCCGUUAAAUUCACACUGUGAAAUUAAGCUGUCCAGCUGGUUACGGGCCGUGUGAGCCUGGCUGUGUGCCCCGGCUGUGGGAGCAGAGGGCAGCCAGGCACGGGAGCUGGUGCUGAGUGGGGUGAGGGGGCCGGUUCUGCGUGCAAUGAACUGCUUUGUGCUCUGGACCGAGGUUGGGAGCAGCGCUUGGCACAGCGUUUAUUUGUGUCACUCCUCUGAAGGUUGUGCGCUUCCAAAAGCCUGUCCCCCAGUGGUCUUCUAAAUGCAAAUCUGAGAGUGGCUAUUCACGGCUGCUCUGGGGUCUUCAAAAUGCAGCUCAGGUGCUCGGUGCUAGAGGGAAGGCUUCAACAUUAAUUUCAGAGAGUAGUUAAGAGUGAGGCUUCAGCACUGCACAUCUGCAUCAGCACACUGGGGACAAAACUGUUUUCCAGAAAACUUUGCCAUAAACACUGUUUCCUCGGUGUAUUUAAUGAUUUCCUAAUUGGGCAGAGGAUCCGUAGAGUCAUUCAUCUUAUAAACCUAAGUGGAUUCAAUAGCCUAGGACCGAGCACACUUUACAAUGAGCUGUAUUUGUUCUUGUUGAAAAUGUUAAUUAUCUUUUUAUAGACAGAUGGCACUGGAGUGUAGCAAAUGUGUGGUGAACCUGUGCUCAGAAACGUCUGGGUGUUAAAUGCCGACAGGUUCCAAUUUAAGUUUAAUUCUGCUUUAGGAAUAUUGUGAUGAUUGUAGAGUAAUUAAUUUCACUUAGGAGUAUAGCAGCCUUGUUUUGGUACAUUAAGUUAAAAUAAACACUUAAGUUAUAUCACUACAAUUAAUCUUCAUAAUUUAAAAUAGUGCUUAGAACAAAAUGUCUACCAAAUACAGUGUUCAGCUCUUUAUCCUUUAAUGACAACUCAUUUAAACAAGUUUCUAUAAUGUUGUUCAAGUUAUAACAGCAUACUUUGAGCUCCGUGACGGAGGUUGUAAAUUGGAAAUUUUGUUGCUCUGCUUUAGGCUUAGGAAUCCAUGUUUUAGUCCCCUGGUGUGCUUUAUUCAAAAUUCAUUGAAAUAUAUUUGAUUAUUAGUGGGUGAGAGGUAGCUUAUAAAUCAACUGUACUGAAGAAGCAGAUUAAUUGCCCUUUAUGAUUUCUGUGGGGAAAUAAUACCUAAAAUCUAGGUCCAGAUGCAAGUUUGAUUCACUUUUAUAUACUUCUGCACUUACUGUUAUUUUCAUGAUACUGUUUUCCCGUUUGUGGUCUCUAACUUGCCUAUUUUUUAAGUAAUUUGCUGUAUAAGCACUAGUAGUUUCUGUAGAAGAUGAAUGUAACCUGUGACUUUUUUUUCUAAUUGGGUUUAGUUUAAUGUAACUUGAGUUAUUGAAACAAUGGUUCAACUUCAGAGUGAGAGAACUCGCAUUAAAUAUUACCCACUGGCUGUGUUUGUUUUAAGAUCUACAUGUGGAACUGAAUUACCAUGAUAAUUGUUUUCUAAGUAAGUUAAGGAAACUUUGAGACCAGCACUUUCCCCUUUCUUGGCUGAUUUAUUUUAUUUGGAUAUAUGUAAACUGUUCUAAGAAACAGGAUGCAAAAGCUGAAAUGUUCUGUAAAUACCUUACUCUGGGUGCUGCUAGACAAACACUAGGAGGGCACUUGCCAUCUGAACAGCUGGGGUAGUUUGUAGUUCUGGACAUUACACUUCUUUGAGUGUUAAAAGCAACUCAGCAAGAGGCUAGUAUGUGUGUUAUCUUGAUAUAAAGAAAGGUCUUGGCUAGUCUGGCUGUAUUUCCUUUCCCAUAAUCCUGUACUUAUAUGUGCAAAUCCUUUAUGUCAGGAAGAUGUCAUGCUCUUCUGUUGUUGGCAUAGCAGCGCCAUCAGAAAAGCAGUAGCUUUGGCUUGGUGCCUUGUUGUCUUCUAGCUGUGGUAGUGUUAGAAGCCUGAUCCCAUUUUAGGGGUGAUGAGUAGCAAUCUGAUCUCCUUUCUACCUGUACUUCUUGCUACGUUCAUCUUGAUACAUAUGUUCUGCUGUCAUUAGCCAAGGCUUAUGUCUUUGCAGUAUGCCAUACAAUAACAGCCCUAUUUUUCCUCCACUUGUGCAGUUAAAAUGGAAUAAUCAUUAAUUUGGUGGAUGGAUGCAAACCCAUUUCUCAAAACUUUCCCACUCCUGAUACUUUUCUUAGUUUUUGCCCUCAUGAUACAAAUCUUGGCCUUGAAGCAGUUUCUUGCACAGUCCCACUCCUGUAUGGCUGAACCCCAGACGAGGGGCUGCAAUCGCAUAGCUUAGAGUGUGGCCUGCUUGUGGUACUUGAGAGCUUUGAGAUUAAUCCAAGCCAAAAUUACAGGUUUUCCUGUAAAAUAAAUGGAAUAUAUCCUCUUCUUACACUGUAGUGAAACUACAAACAGACACAGGACUGAAAGACAAUGCUUGACAAGUACCUUCAGUCAAAAAGCAUUAUUCUGGGGAAUACUUACUCAACUUACUAAUUGGAUUUAUAGACAGGAAGGGACACAGCUGUGGGCUUGUAAAACCUGAGCAGCUUUGUGUGAUUGUGUUGUACAGUCUCCUCCUCAAAACUAUUCCCAGGUGGGCUGAAGUCCAAGUGCUGUGUGGGCUUCACACACCUGAAGCUGGCUUCCUGCUAUGGAUUUCAGUCAUUGGCCAGUGCAACAGAAAUAUGGGUAAAGCCUCAUAAAUAGUCUUUAAAAAUCAUAAAUGAUUUGGGUUGUAAGAGACCUCAAAGAACAUCUAGUUCCAGCCCUCUGCCACGGCAGGGUUGCUGACCACUAGAUCAGGUUGUCCAUCAGUCUGGAGAUUCACAGAUACAAGCAUGGAAGGGAUGUAACUAAGAAUGGUAUAAUCAUACAAAUAUAUCAACAUAAGAAGGAAACAGAUAAAUUUAUAUGAUUUCACUUUGACCUUAAAAGUCAAAGGUAAGGUAUAAGUACUCAAAAUCAUGUCUACAUUUGCAAGAGAGAAUUGAAAUGCUUUCUAAGAGACAAGAUACUUCAGGUGUUCACUGCACAGCUUAUCUCCUGGCUGUUGUACACCACCCAUCCUGUUGGCUGCAGGACUUGCCGUGAUUCCAUGCUGGCUUUUUAAGAAGUGCAUGUGAGAGCCAUUACUUAGUUAACAUUAAUUUUCUAUGUAUAAAGCACUUACCAGCACUUCUGAAGGUGGUUCUUAAAAUCAGCUCUUCUCAUUUUCCCAUUGCCUAGAGCAGGUCUUUGUAGAGUUUGUGAAGUUGCUGCUUUCAUGGCCUGUGGAUGGGAUCCUUGGCUAUACCUUCAGUUACUACUUUUGUUGGAAACUUCUGGCAGGUUGAGUCGAAGCUUCUGUUUAAAACAGCUCUAAUUAGCAUACUUAUGGCUUUAAAUCACUGAUGUGAUGAGAUCAGCCAUUUCCUAGUUAGCUUCUCUGCCUGGGACACCUGUUUUACCCUGAGUGCAUAUGUUAUUCCAUGUGUUGCACCAGAAUUUCAGCUUUCCAUUAUUUAGCUCACUUCUCAGGGCUCUGUGGAAGUGAUGUGUUUUAGUUGUGCAUAAAUGUGAUGAUUUAUAUACACCAUGCUGCUGCAGUAUGCACAUCUGAGGCCUUGUAACGUAAUUGCUCACACUCUGUGCUGUAAGAGAAUUAUUUGUUUAAGCAAAAGCUGCUGAGGUGGUAGCCCUUGACAGAGGAGAAGCAGAACCAAGCAAGUCUAAGGGCUCUCCUUGACAGGACCUGCUACCGCUCCUGUAUUCUAAUAUGGUAAGUGUACAUUAACCACUGUCUUGGAGUCAUGAAGAUGAAGUACUGUCAUUAUUCAUCAACCACAAAAUUUGCAAAAGAAAGCUGCAUAUUAGAUAUUGUGCCCACUUACUAUGUGUGAUAACAAUUUAUUACCUCAUGUGGUAGCAGAGAGAGCAAAAAAGAUUAAGCAGUCUUAUGGCUGUCAGCAUGUGUUCAAAAUGGGUAUAUGCCCUGCUGCCACCACCCAGAACACCUGAAACUCCUGCUGACAAAGCCUUUCCUGCCCCUGAUGUUGUUAGUUAUACUCUGUUGCUGUGUCAAAGAAGAAAUGUCUUAGGAAUGUCUAAAAAUAUUUAGGGGUAAUCUUUGUUUUCCCUGCAACUGAUAAGCAUUCCAGCUGCGCAGAGGAAUCUGCUAUUCAUUCUAAAAUAAUUCUAAUAACUUAUUAAAUUUCCUAAUCUGGUUCUGCAUCUUCGAUUUACCAAAGUAGCUGGGCAUUUCUGUACCUUGGUGGGGUGGAAAUGCCACUUCUAGCUUGGUAAGACUCUGUAAAAGAGACAGCUGGAAAAUGACUUUGAGUACAGAAACCAAAUCUGAUUCCCAUCUCCUACCCAGCUGCUUAUUUAGGAUGAAAUUGAACAAAAUAUUUGGUUGGCUUUGAUGGAAAAAACAGUUCUGUUCCCACCCUGCCUUUUUUUAUGGUGAUAGCAUUACCUAAACUUCCCUAAGCUACAAAUGAGAUGUCUUUAUCUAUAACUGUAAAAUAAACUGAGAUAUUCUACAGUAUGUUUUGGAUACCUACUGUAGCUUAUUGGAAAACAUUGCUGUUGAAAUCUCUGCCCAUGUGAGAAUUAGUUCAACCUGCAGGUGAAAUAUUAGGCAGCACGUUGUUUAAGCAGAGGACUGGACCAAUUUGCUCGUGAAAUUAAAGGUACAGUAAACACUACUGUAAUAGUGUAACUACUUGGAAUGCAUGAGCUUUCUUUGCCGCAGCACCAGGAGCUAACAGAUCCCAGAACUGGGAUGCCCCUUUCAUUUGGGGCUGUGGCACUCCAUAGCAGAGGCAAGGCAGAUGGUCCUUGCAAAGAGCAUUGCUGGGGAAGUGGCCUCACCAUUCCUGCACCUCAGUCCUGAACAGUUCCUUAAAAAGCUCUGUUGCUUUGUUAUGGGGGUGAUGGACCAAAGCUCUACUUUCAGGCUCUAAGAGAGAGAACUGGUCUCCACAUUUUCUUAUUUUUGUGUUGGUCUCUGAUCAGAGGGUGAGAGAUGCAGCCUUAGCCCAUGCCCCUGUUUCAGUGCUGCUGGCCCAGAUGCUGUACAAGUUGCAAGGACAGGCAAAAGGCAACACCAGCAGAUGGAUUUAAGUUUCCAAACCCAAACAAGCUAUCUUCACCUUCUGUGUUACUGUAUUGGUGCCAGGCUUCACCUGUUCCUAUUUAAUUUACCACCUGAAACAAAGUGGCAUCAGCUGUCCAGUGUUCACUCUGUCCUUAACUAUUCUGUAGGAAUGUUUUAGGACAGUCUUAUGCUUGAGCUAAGUUAUUUCCUGUAAUUUGUGUACGACAAAUCUGGAAGAUGAUGAAAGACAGCUCUUCAGUGUCUUGCCUGGGGGUGAGGCACAUCCUCAGAGGAGGAUGUGUUGAAGAUGAGGGAUGACUGUCCUGGUUGAAGGAAGGCACUCAAAGGCUCAGUUUCACGGCAAGCUAGUUGUGUGGUUCAGAAAACUCACUUUGAGACAGACAUUUGCAUGCCAUCAUCAUUGUGUACUGGUGCCUUCUUUCUUCUCUAUUUAAAUAAUGUAGAUCUGGUCUUUCCGCACUUCAUCUGUGGCUGUAUCUCUAUAUGUCUGGUUUUACAGAAGAAGAUAAUUGCUCUCUGUUCCGGAGGCGUGCUAGACAGAAACAUGUUGAGGACUGUGAGGUGACCUGAUGCUACUUUUAUGGAGUCUCCAUUAGCAUUUAAAAUAGGUUCUGUUAGGCCCUGAGUCCAAAUUGCAUUGCCUUAAAGUGUGUUUUCAUUGUAAAGUCGGUGAAGUGUAAA